UUCUUUCUCUGCUGCUCGUACUGUCUCCUUUAUCUGGUCCUUGUGGUGAGUAACAGAUCUUAGCAUUUUUGUUCUUCUAUUCACUUUGUUGCACUUAUUUCUCCUUACUGCUGCUUCAUUAUGUCCUUUGCUGAUUUAGAUAUUGAGGCCCAGCACAAACCCUUGGGAAACAACUCUACUAUUUUAAGCAAACAAAUCAUAUUCAAUAGCAAGAAAUCCAAUGCUGCUAAUCCACAGACCUCAAUUGAUCCGGCUACCCAAAACACCAACGCUAAUGUUGAUAGCAAUGCUUUUUUAAUCAAUAACAAUUCAAACAUCAUUUCAAGAGUGUCAAAUUUAUUAAACGAGUUCGCCAAUAAUAUUACUCAUCUAGAAAGAUUGAAUAACCAAUUGGGCACAAAGAGAGACAAUAUCAAUCUUAGAAACUUAAUUGAAACUUACUUGAAAAGCUCUGAGGAAAAUCUAAAUAAUUGUAAAAAGCUACUAUUUGAUUUGCAAAUUAUCAAUAAUAACAACAAUAACAAUAAAACUGCUUCAAAUAGCACAAACUCUCAGCUACUAAUAAUAUCAAAAUUGCAAAAGGAAUUAACGCAUUUAAAUCAAGACUUUAACAAAAUCAAAAGAAAUUAUAAUGAAAGAAAAAAUUCAGUAAUAUUAAACGAAAUUGUAAAUGAAAACUCAAAAUCAAAAUCAAGAUCUUUACAAAAUAAUCUUCUAAUACAAAACCAAAAUGACCUUGAAUCAAUUAAAACUUCAAACACUGAAUCAACUCCUUUAUUACAAGAACAGCAACAACAACAACAACAAUUGAAACAACAAUACGAUCAAGAUGUUUCCCAAUAUGAAUUAGAUUAUCACUCUUUAUUAGUCCAACAAAGAAACGAUGAACUAUCAACUAUUCAUAACGGUGUACAGGAAAUCAAUGCUAUCUUUAAAGAUUUAUCUUCUCUAGUACAAGAACAAGGUUUAAAAAUUGAUACUGUUGAAAAUAACAUUAUAAAUUACUCUGAUAAUACUCAAAAUGCUUCAAACGAAUUAACUAAAGCUGAUAAUUAUCAAAAGAAAAAGAAAAAAUUCAGUUGUAUAGUAUUAUUAGUAUUAUCAAUCAUUUUGUUCUUGUUUGUUCUAGCAGUUGUAUCUUAACUUCUCAAUUUCUCAACUUACUUUUUCUUCAAUUCUAAAAUUCCACAAUCUUACUAUUUACUUACCACUUUAUAAUCCCAAUUUUUAAUUUAAUCUAUUUACCAUUUUUUUUUUCUGGUUUCAUUUUUUAGCUACAAUCUAUUGCCUACUCUCUUUUUUUAAUUACACCCCAAUUAU